GAAAAAUCCCCAACUGCGUCCUUCUCAGGCGCGUAAAGCGAACUCUACCGUCCACCUUUCUUCUUCACCGACAGCGAUUUUCGCUUCACUUCCACUCCUUCCUACUUUGGCAUCGCCGUCUCAACUUCGCAGCCCACAACCAUUCGCCUCUCCAGCUCUCUCUCCCCCUUCGAAUCCGCGGGAUUCCCUCCGUUGGCUGCUCUCCCGCGUCUCUUGUGGACAGCCAGCCAUGGAGAUAACCUACCGAAGUCGCCUUUUCACCCUCCUCUUUCUCGGGCAUUCCUUCUUCUCAGCCCGGGCCUCCAUCCACAUCUACGACACCCAACCCUUCAGCGAAGUGGGAAAUGCUUUCCUUCUCUCCGGAGGCAGCGAAGGCAUUGUCGCCUCCUCCGCCGCCGCCGGUCUUCCUCCUUACACUGUCGAUUCUUCGUCCUACGCCAUUCCGCGAUCCAUCAAUGAUGGCCGCUCCUACAUCCGGUUUGAGAAUAUUUCUUUCUGGAGGACUAAAGACGCAGCUGAUGAGGAUCCAGAUAUGGAUCACGACACGGGACUGGUUCAGGUUGUCAUUUUUGAGGCUGCUGAUCGGAACAGUAUUGGUGGUUCUGCGUAUGGUGGACAGAGGUCCAUCUGUUGCACCCCUGACCUUGCUAAGCUGGAAGGUUGCAAGGAAGGUCGAGUGAUUAGGAUGCCUUCUGCAACUGACAUCAACUGGCCAAUAGUUUUGGAUGUGAACUUCAGAGGCGACGACUUGUUUACCAAGCUUAAAGAUGAGGAUGUGUACAUCACCAAAACAGGGAUGUAUAACUUGUUCUUUGUUGCAUGCGAUUCAAAGCUUAAGGGACUUGUGAUGAGUGGGAAAACGAUUUGGAAGAAUCCCGAUGGUUAUUUGCCUGGUAGGAUGGCACCUCUAAAGAAGUUUUAUGUGCUUAUGUCUGUUGCAUAUUUGCUGCUCAGCUUGACUUGGUUCACCCAGUACCUGAGGUUUUGGAAGGAUAUUUUGCAACUUCAGCAUUGCAUCACGGCUGUUAUAGCAUUGGGACUAUUUGAGAUGGUUCUUUGGUAUGCCGAGUAUGUGAAUUUCAACAGCUUAGGUGUCAGGCCAGUUGCAAUCACUACUUGGGUUGUGACCAUUGGAGCUGUAAGGAAAACGGUUUCGCGUCUUCUCAUACUCUCCGUUUCAAUGGGUUAUGGUGUUGUGCGCCCAACCCUUGGCGGUCUUACCUCAAAGGUGCUUCUUCUUGGGCUAACUUACUUUUUGGCAUCUGAGUUACUGGAUAUAACCGAGUAUGUUGGAACCAUUAAUGACAUAUCGGGAAGAGCAAGGCUGCUUCUAGUACUUCCUGCCGCCUUCCUUGAUGCAUUCUUGAUAUUGUGGAUAUUCACUUCUCUUCAGAAAACGUUAGAACAGUUACAGUCGAAGAGAAGCUCUGUCAAGUUGGAUAUCUAUAGGAAAUUCUCCAAUGCAUUAGCCGUUACGGUUAUUGCUUCAGUUGUUUGGAUAGCUUAUGAGGUAUACUUCAAAGCAACCGAUCCAUUCAAUGAACGUUGGCAAAGUGCCUGGAUCAUCACUGCGUUCUGGGACCUUCUUACACUAGUACUGCUCUGUGUCAUUUGCUAUCUGUGGGCUCCAUCUCAAAACUCUCAAAGAUAUGCUUACUCAGAGGAGGCAGGAGAAGAAUCUGACGAGGAAGCUCAGUCUCUAACCAGGGGAAUGCCGGAUGGCGAUAUAAGUUUAGUGGAAAGCAAAGAGAAGAAUGGUAACCACCACAUAAAUGCCUUUGAUGAGGAAGAUGUGCUGGAAGAAGAUAAGAGAGAAUGAAUGAUCAAAAUUAUACACCAUUCUUUUGCCUUCAAUUACACCUAGGCAAUCCUCUUGAAGCCAUCUUUCCACUUGAAUCUGCCAAAAGCCCCCGAUAGAGAACUGUUCAAUAGUAUCUAUCACUAUUCUGUAGCAGACGGUACCCACCCCUUCCAUCUCCGUGUACCAUCAUGUUUGUUGUACUUGUACUCCAAUCUUCUGAGCUGGGAUUUGGGAGAGUUGCCCAUUCUGUAAAUAACCUAAAUAUCAGCAUUCUGAGAUGGGGGUAUUCUGCUCUGAAAAUCAUCUGUAAAAGCUCCAGAGGUUCAUCCCCCCCCCUGUUGGAUUGUACCAUUUUGUCACCUAGCAGCAUUGUACUGUGUUCGUCGCAUCAUUGUUUCACCAAUCAUCUUAGCAGAUUGUUAUUCCAUCCACUUCAUAGAUCUGCAAGAAAUGUGGUAUGU